AUGUCUUCCGGUGGCAAGUCUGGUGGCAAGGCUGGUGACGCCUCGACCAAGGCCCAGUCGCGUUCGGCCAAGGCCGGUCUUCAGUUCCCCGUCGGCCGUAUCCACCGUCUCUUGCGCAAGGGCAACUACGCUCAGCGUGUCGGUGCCGGUGCCCCUGUCUACCUCGCUGCCGUUCUCGAGUACCUGGCUGCCGAGAUCCUCGAGCUCGCUGGUAACGCCGCCCGUGACAACAAGAAGUCGCGUAUCAUUCCCCGUCACCUUCAGCUCGCCAUCCGCAACGACGAGGAGCUCAACAAGCUGCUCGGCGGUGUCACCAUCUCCCAGGGUGGUGUCCUCCCCUUCAUCCAGUCGGAGCUCCUCCCCGCCAAGUCGGGCAAGCCCAAGAAGGCUGGUGGCUCGCAGGACAUCUAA